AUGUCCCUUGAACUAGUCGGGAUCACAGAUCCAGACCAACAUUCUCACUUGACUAUCAAGAUCGAAAAUACAGAGAAACGAGACGUUCUGCAAGCAACCGAGAAGAAAUACCAGAAGCUUUGGCAAGAUGAGAGGGUUUUCGAAGCUGAUGCGCCUUCAUGCUCAGAAUAUCCUCCAGGAUCCAUGAGCCAUGAAGAGCUACGUGCUCGAGUGCCGAAGUUCUUGAGUAAUGAUACUGGUCACCCAUUCCUACAAUUUAGAUUGACUUUGGCCAGGAACAAUGGCAUAUCCGUAAAGGAGAAUCUUUACUUGCAGAUGGCAAUCAGCUGA